AUGGCCUCCUCCGCUACCGAGCAGGCCGUUGCGACAACCUCCAACAAUGACCACUUAGUGCAGUCGUCCGACCCGGAGCACCCGGCGAAUCUCAUUCCAGCACUGUGCCGCAACUUCUAUAACUGGGGAUGGGUCACCGGCACGGGCGGAGGUACCUCCAUCCGACAUGGUGAUCACAUUUUCAUUGCUCCUUCUGGCGUUCAGAAGGAGCUCAUGAAGUCCGAGAACAUUUUCGUGCUACAAUGGCCGACCAAGAAGUAUCCCGCCGAGGAGCGCAAUUAUAUCCGCAGGCCUCUUAAGCUUAACCCAUCCGCAUGCACGCCGCUGUUUCUCACAGCCUUUGAGCAUGGCGCUGGCUGCUGUAUCCACACCCACUCGCAAUGGGCCGUUCUGGUGACGCUCUUGGUGGAGCGGGAGAAGGGACCCGACGCCUGCUUCGAGAUUAGCACCAUUGAGCAGAUCAAGGGCAUUCCCCGCGGCAAGGGCAAGGGCAUGCACGAUUAUUAUGAUACUUUGCGCAUUCCCAUCAUUGAGAAUACCGCGUUCGAGGAGGAUCUGACCAGUGGCCUGGAAGCGGCUAUGAACAAGUACCCCGACACCUAUGCGGUGCUUGUUCGGAGACACGGAAUUUACGUCUGGGGCGACAACGUUGCCAAGGCAAAGACCCAAUGCGAGAGUUUGGAUUACCUCUUUAAGCUGGCCGUCGAGAUGCACAAGCUGGGCCUCCCAUGGGUCAAAUAA